AUUCCAGGUUUUUUUCCUGAAAUUCAUCACCAACAACCAUGAUAUUUAACUAAGAACAAUGUUAAACUGCUGAAAGAGGUGAAGUACAAGCCGUCCAGAAAAAUCUCCAGAACACACAGAAAUUGUUUGAUACGUUUAACAGAUAGAUGGAGCCAAGACCCGGCAUGGAGAAACAUCAGCACUCUUUCAAGAGUUUUACUAAACAGACUGAUCUCAAAAAUCACCAGUGCAUUCACACAGGAGAGAAACCACAUCACUGCUCGGAGUGUGGGAAGAGUUUUACUAAACAGAGUGAUCUCAAAAAACACCAGCGCAUUCACACAGGAGAGAAACCGUAUCACUGCACAGACUGUGGGAAGAGUUUUAAUCAACAGGGUCAUCUCAAAAAACACCAGCGCAUUCACACUGGACAGAAACCGUAUCAAUGCUCAGACUGUGGAAAGAGUUUUAAUCAACAGAGUAAUCUCAAAAAACACCAGCGCAUUCACACAGGAGAGAAACCGUAUUACUGCUCAGACUGUGGAAAGAGUUUUAUUACACAGAGUGAUCUCAAAACACACCAGCGCAUUCACACUGGACAGAAACCGUAUCACUGCUCAGACUGUGGGAAGAGCUUUAAUCUACAGUGUACUCUCAAAAUACACCAGCGCAUUCACACAGGAGAGAAACCAUAUUACUGCUCAGACUGUGGGAAGAAUUUUACUCAACAGAGUAAUCUUCAAAAUCACCAGCGCAUUCACACAGGAGAGAGACCGUAUCACUGCUCAGACUGUGGGAAGAGUUUUAUUACACAGAGUCAUCUAAAAAAACACCAACGAAUUCACACAAGAUAGAAACCGCAUCACUGCUUAGACUGUGGGAAGGGUUUUAUGCAAGAGUCAUCUCACAUUGGGUACAUUUACAUGCAGUCUACACACUAAAAACUGCUGGGUUAUUUUAACUACUCAUCUGCUGGGUUAUGAAAUGUCUAACCCAUUAUGAGUUAUUUUUAUGGGAACUGGGUUAUUUUUGGGGGGAUUUGGGUUGUUUUUUGUGCAACUCAUGUGCUGGGUCAAAAUCUGGCAAAAUUCAUCAACCCAACAUGCAUCAGUUGACCCAGCAGCUGAGUUGUUUGUGCUUGGACCGUCAUCACGUUAACUCCUCCUCCACCAUUUCGCGCCCAGACAGGCUCCAAGCUCCUUCAGCAGCUCGCACAUGCUCGAGAGAGACUGAUCAUCUUUGAGAGGAGGGGAUUGAUGAGGAAAGUUUUCUUCUUUUAGAUGAGGCUACCAUCAACCAGUUGAUACCAAGAGCUGGACCUAGGCUGAAGUUCCUCCAAAAAUUUAGAAACUUUGUACGUAGUUGUUGGCAUUGUUAUUGUUAUUGUUGGCAUUCAGUUAUAAUAAAUUUCAAGGCAGUGCCUUGUAAAAAAUA